AUGGCCACCAUUUCACGUCAACCAUUUGCGCCCCUCGACGGAGCGAGAUUGCAGAACCUGACGAGCAUUAAGAAUAGACAGAACGCCGUUUCGCCUGCUUCCGGUGGCAAGCGCAAAGCCUCCGACAUUGUAGACACAGACGACUUCGAAAAUGUCGACCCAAGCGUCUUCUCCAAGCGAUCGAAAGGCUCCGAUAGCUUUUACUCUUCCAAGGAGGCUCUUAAGCCCUCCUCGUUCGUCCUGACCAAAGCCGCACCCCUCGCCGAAAGCCCUGCCUUGGCUUCCACCCGGCCUGCUCUGCCUCGGCCUCGUAACCUGCUCCAACCCAAGUCGCCUGCGGCCAAGAUCAACACGGUCAUCGCCAAGUCAUCCCCGCUCUCAGCUCCCGCUGGCCGUUCACCUACCCGUGGCAAGCGCUCCGGCAUUCUCUCAAAUCGUCGCCGAACCGCUGGUCCUUACACCCGUGUUGACCCGCCUUUGUUCAACCUGUCGUCCUCAGCUUCUGCCCCUUUCAGUCUCGAUGCUGCUCUCAAGGGCACAAUCCCGAGCUAUGCCGCCCGUGCUUCUGUCGCCUCGUCUUCCCGGACUGCUGCCAAGGACCUGCUUGAGCCUGACCUGAAGGCGUCUUGGUUCUUUGAUAUCCAUGAAGACACGCCCGAGCAGGAGAUGACCAACAUGUUGCAGCAUGGCACCUGCGUCCUCGACAUCAGCUCUGACGAGGAGAGUGGACGCAAGGCCAGCAGAGACCGCGCGGAAGGCCGCGACAAGGAGAAUGUGCCGCCUGUCGAUGAUGUGAGCCAGACUUCGGCACGCCGCUCUGUUAGUCGUACCGACGAGGACGACAUGAUCGUCGAGAAGGAGAGGAUAGCGCUAGGCGAGAUGGAUGCUAGCGAAUUCUACGCCUUUGGCUGUGAUGAGUCGUCCGUCAUCAUUAUCCCAGCCGAUGAUGACGAGGGUGAAGAGGCCCCCAUUGAGGCCGCGUUGCCCGUAACCAGCGAUAUAGCCCCGGAGCUCAAGGUAGACCCGCUCGAAGUGCCGCUCAAAGAAAGGGACGUUGAGGAGCUUAUGGGCAAGUCGGCCGAUCCAGCACCCAAAGCGGCGCUGCUGGAGCCAAUAGAAGGGACAGGCGAAACCUUUGAGUUGUGGGAGAGUGGAAGCGCAAAAGACGAAACCGAACCCGUCGUUGCUGAGUGCUGA